AUCUCAAAAAUAGAGGAAGAAGAAGGAGAUGGAGGAGGAGGGAAGGUUAGGGUUUUGAUCGAGAAGGCGACCGAGUCAAUCGAGCCUGAUGUCGACCCCCGCCUCCUCAAGGCCAUCAAGUCCGUCGUCCGCCGCUCCGACUCCGAGCUCCAUCUCGCCGCCAAUCUCCUCAUGGAUCUCAUGAAGCGCGAUCACUCUCAGGUGAGGUAUUUGACUCUGCUGAUUAUUGAUGAGCUUUUUCUGCGGUCGAAGUUGUUUAUAUGCAUUGUGGUUGAGAAUAUGGAUCAGUUGUUGACGCUAAGCGUCAGGUUUAGGAGGAAUUUUCCACUGCCGGCUCCGGCAAACAUUGCGGCGACUCUGCAGUUGAAGGCAAUUGAGUUUUUGGAGAAGUGGAAUGCUUCGUAUGGUGUUCAUUAUCGGGAGAUUAGGUUAGGGUUUGACUACCUGAAGAACACGCUGAAGUAUCAGUUCCCGAACCUGCAGGCUAAUGCGGUGCAGGUGCAGCAGGAGAGGAGGGAGAGGAAGUCAAAGGAGAUAUUGGUGAAGAAGUUUUAGAGUUUGGAGGGGAGUUUUGGGUCGAUAAAGGAAGAGAUACAGUUGACCGUUGAUGAGAUUGGGGAGUGUUUAGAAAUUGCGCGUGCUAAUGAGGAACAAUUAAAGUUUAUCCCGUUAGAUGAUGAAGAUUUUGAAGAGAUUCAUUCUUAUGAGUUACGGCAGUUGUGUUUGCAAACAUUGGAGGAAGAAGAUAAAGUUUAUGAGAAUACUGAAAACAAAGUGGUUUUCGACGCACUGAGGGAGCUUUACAAGCUUUUGGUUACCAAGCAUUUGGUUGCUGUCCAAGUAUGGAUAACCGUUCUUGUGAUUGAAUGAUAACAGAUCAGAGAUUCCUAUUUGAAGGAGUUCAUUGAUAUCUGAAAUCGCAUACAGUCUGUGAAGAGGAAGAAGUGUGAAGAAUCAGGUUGCACUCUUCUAAACACUGCAAAUCCUGAUGAAGAAGAAAUUUGGUAGGAAGGCAAUGCUGACACGGUACCUGGGACUUCUAGUCACCCCAGUAAGAACUUUGGUGAUCUGGCUGGGGCAUUGACAUCCAAUGAGGUAAAAAAGAGAAUUUCAAAAGCACGUGGUAAUGUGAGAAACGGCAAAAAACCUCUCAGUCAGGAAAGUGAUGUAGCCAAGUUAGAUCCUCUGAAGAGUAAGCUUUUGGCUGAAGCUCCAGAGGUGAACUGGGGCUCUUAUUUGGAUAAUUGGGGUGGUUCAAAAAGGGAUCUAUUAUAUAAUCAGCGGGGGUUGGAGCUUGAUUGUCAUUGGGGCAGAGUGGAUCACGAUGCAGUUAUCCUAGGCGAAAAGAUUGCAGAAUUAAAUCUGCAGGCUACUGUAUACAAAGAAAAGCAAGUUGAUAUACCACCGUGCCACGCUCCAUUAAGUAAUGGAAAGCCUUGUCACAGAAGGAACUUGAGAGUUUGUCUGUUCCAUGGACCUAUUAAUCCCAGAGAUGAUGAGGGGAAGCCUCUAAAUCAGAACCCUUCUGUUGAUGAGACAACUCUUGACACAUGGGCUGAUUUAGUAGAGCAGUUGGCGAAACAAGCCAUGAAGAAAGUUCGCGAGAAAGAUAAAGAGUUAGCAAGGAAGAGAGAAAUUGAUAAACAGGCACUGAAGUGUGCAAAGCUUGCGAAAGUACGCGAACACAAUGAUUCUGUUUUACGUGAUGCUGCUAUGGCUUCGACUUCUAGAUCUGCAGCAAUUGGAGAAGAUUUGGAGGCAGCUAGUAGCACGAACCCAUCAUCCAGGAACAAUAAGAAAACCCUUGCAGACAUGCUGAAGAAAAAAGAGACACCAAAAGAUAGAUUGUUUCAGAGGCUUUUAAACGCGCGAGCUAGUGCUGCCACUGUAAGGCAGCUCAACUUGGGGGCAGAUACAAAUUACAGAGAAGCCUUCCUGAAUCAGUUGUGAUGACUUGGUUUGUUUUACUUGGAAAAAUGAUCUUGGGAAUCCAUGAUCUUGAUAGCAACUACAGAGAUGUCUUCUGCAAGAUUCUGUGCUAUAUGUUAUAUUUUCUGAUUCAAAUUCGAUCGGAAAGUUUGCAAAUAAUGGAAGUUGAUAAAUAAGAAGUUGGUGUUUAAAUUGCUGAUGCUCAGUCUCUUUACCAUUGUUGUAUGAACUAUGUUUUGCAUAUUGUUCGGUGUAGCAUAUUGAUUAGGAAAGAAGCUAUACUUUCCAGUGGGCAAGUCUAAACUCUAACCAUAGACCUGCCCACAUAAAUCCUUCACUUUUAUCUUCUACCUCUUCUACUGAUGGCCGCUUAUUAUAAGUUGCUGGAUUUCUAUUUUGCUUCAUCUUUCUUCACCCUGGGUUUCUUUCGUCCACUCUUUUCUUCUUCUUUCUUUUUGGGUUUCACUCUUCCUCGCUUUUCUGGUUUGCUUCUAUCUCAUCUUCUUGGAUAAGUCCCCGCGUUAGAACCGGAACCCGCAACACACUAGUGCCCAGUCCCACGACCACGAGUGUUACCUUUUGUCUGCCUUAAUGUCUUGUCUUUUGUAACCCAAUUAUAUAUAGAAUUUCAUGUGUUAUUAGUGAGCAUUUUCCUGAAAGUUGUUUGCAGACUAAAUGGGAUUUUUGUUAUAUUUAGCACACCAGUAAGUUUUGAUUUUCACCAGGAGUUUCAA